AGUCGCCGGAUUCAUUCCGAUUAUGGCUCUCAAUGAUUCCGCCGCGGCGAUCGAGAGCGAGAUCGGCGGCCGAAAUCUAGAUUUGUUCCUAAUUUUAACGGAUAUAUAUCACCUUUUUGGGGGGAUUUUGUUGGCGGCCGACAAGCGGGAAAUCUACCUGGAAUCGCGAGCUCGUGUACUGUGAGAAGAGAAAGUGGGGGGAGGAAUAAGAAUGGUGGAGAAGGAGAUCGACUCCGUGGAGCUGCCAGCCCCUGCUGGCUGGAAGAAGUUCAUUCCAAAGGAUGGGGCUCCCAAAAGGAACGGGGUAAGUUUUAUUUCUCCCACCGGAGAGGAGAUCAAAAACAGGAAGCAUUUGGACCGUUUUCUUAGGUCUCAUCCUGGAGGCCCUUCUCCUGCAGAAUUUGAUUGGGGAUAUGGGGAUACCCCUCGGCGAUCUGUUAGAAUUAGGGAAAAGGUAAAGGCAUCAGAAUCUCUCGAGGACGAUCAGCCAAAGAAGCAAAGAAAAAGAAGAAUGAAUAGCGAAGAUACGGAGGAAGAAGUUGAUGAGGCAGCGGCGCCCGAAAGUGAGAAUCCAGACACACAGACAGUAGAGAGCAUAGUAGAUGCAGUGAUGAAAGACAGUGAAGAUGUUUCAGUAAAAGAAAAGGAGCUGGUUGCAGAAGGUGGUAAGGCUAUAGAAAAUGAGGAAGUUAAAGCAGAAGAAGAAGCAGAUCAAGAUUCAGCUGAAAUCCAAAAAGGGGUGGAAAAAAAUGAACCUAAAAAACUGGUAGUGGAAGAGGCUAGCAAAGAUCUGCCUGUGUUAUCCCUUCCAGAGGCAACAAAGGAUGAAAAUCCAGUUGUAACAGAAAACCAAGAAAAAAUCGGAGUCGAAAAGGCGAGUAAAGAUGAGCCUGUUUUAUCCGUGCCGGAGGCGACCGAGGAGGAAAAUUCAGUUGUUAGAGACGACCAAGAAAAACUGGGCUUGCAAGAUGCGAGCGAAGAUGUGCCCGAGGCCGGCGACGAAAACUCAGCUGUAAAAGAAAUUCAAAUUGAUUUGAAAGUGUCAGCUCAUGAGACUCAGCCCAAUAAGGAUGAUUUGCGUGAGGAAGAAGUGAAGAAUAGAACCUUAUUUAUUAACAAUUACAAUUGCGAGCAGAAGAUUUGA